AUGCCAGACUCGAUUAGUAUUCCCGGUCCCGAAGAUGACGAGCAUCUUGCUGUCUUUCGCCAUGUACGCGCUGCUCUCAGGCUAGAUCUGCUCCCCGACUUCGCUUCUCGCCUUCGCCAGAAAAGCUUCUCCCAAGACGGCGAAGCCCGGUCUUGCAAAGUCAUUUCCGAGCCCCUCUUCGGAUCCCACAACAUUCUCUUUCGGAUCGUAUUCACCGAUGGAGUACACUGGCUAUUGAAGAUUCCUGCCAAUGGCUACCACGGUGCCUUCGAUGACAUGUCUGCUCGCGCACUCAGGUCGGAGGCGCUAACAAUGCGCCUCAUCAGCAGAGAAACCACGAUCCCUGUCCCAGAGGUCUAUGAUUUCGAUGAUUCGUGCAACAACGACCUCAACUGCCCGUUUAUCCUCAUGAACUAUGUUGAUGGGCGGCCCCUCUACGAUGCUUGGUUUGAGCAGAGUGUUUCUCUUGAGGUUCUUGAGCAACACCGCAGACAAGCCUUGCGCGACGUCGCGGAAGCCUUGGUCCAACUGAACAGGUUUACGUUCCAUCAAGCUGGCAUGGUUCUAUUUGAUGCUGAUGGCCAUGUAUCUGGCGACAUUGGCCCGUUCAGAAAGGUGGACGUGGGCGCCAUGCUCGACCGUUCACGCGAGGUCGAAGACUAUGACGGCUCUAGUGUCUUUCACGAGGUUGGGCCAUUUUCCGAUCCAAGGUCAUACUUCACGCACGUGUUGGACCGGCGAGAGCUGCCGUCUGAGUCUGAUGAGUUUGGCCUGGGGAUGCAUCGGCUGCUGAAGCUUUUCAUUGACCUUGCAGUGCGAGAAUGCCAACCAGGAGAGGAUGAAGAGCAAAUUAAGUCUGUUCUGGUCCACCCCGACUUAGACAUACAGAAUGUCAUUGUCUCCAAGACGGACGGGCAUCUUCUCAGCCUUAUAGACUGGGACGGUGUUAUUGCUGUCCCACAGUGCAUGUUCGGCAAUGAGAGCUAUCCGAGCUGGUUGACUCGCGAUUGGGAUGCGAUGAAUUACAGGUACCACGAUGAAACAGUUUCCGAUGGUGAAGACACUGGUGUAAAGGACGACGACAAAGAGGACCAUGAUAGCAAGGACGAUGACGCCAUAUCUGCUACUCCAAAUGACGCAGCUUUUGAGGACAGGAACUCAGUUCUCUACGAGAACUCGCCGGCCGAACUUGCCUCCUACCGAGAAAAGUACCAGGAGAUUAUAGCCGGACUGUCAGACUAUCCGUCAGCUAGAAAGCUGGCGCACGACUCGCUAGUCAUUCACAAUCUGAAGAUCGCUGCUGAUGACCCCAUUUGUACGGAUCACAUCAUUGAAAGGAUAUUCGAGGAGGUUAAAGCAAAGACCGCGAAAGAUGAUUCAACCGGCAAGGCUGCCAAACUGGAGGAUAAAAAGCAGGGAGCGGAAGAGGAAGAGGAAGAAAAGGGCAAUGAUGAUGGAGACGAGGAAGAGGACGAUACCGAUGAUGAGGACGAUGACUUCUAUCUCUACGAGGUCUGCACCAAGUUGGGCAAAGGGGAACUGGAGCCGGAGCAGUAUCAGCGACUGGUGGAUGGGUUCAAGGCUCUUUUCUUGCAUGAGGCUCACGGGGGUUCGGACUUUUGA